CAACUAUGGGAGCCCACGCCCAGCUCAUGCCAACAUGAAUGCCAAUGCAGCAGCAGGGCUCGCCCCCGAGCACAUCCCCACCCCGGGGGCGGCCCUGUCCUGGCAGGCGGCCAUUGAUGCGGCCCGGCAGGCCAAGCUGAUGGGAAGCGCUGGCAACGCGACCAUCUCCACGGUCAGCUCCACGCAGCGGAAGCGGCAGCAGUAUGGGAAACCCAAGAAGCAGGGCAGCACCACUGCCACACGCCCGCCUCGCGCCCUGCUCUGCCUGACACUGAAGAACCCCAUCCGGAGGGCGUGCAUCAGCAUCGUCGAAUGGAAACCAUUUGAAAUCAUUAUUUUACUGACUAUUUUUGCCAAUUGUGUGGCCUUAGCGAUCUAUAUUCCCUUUCCAGAAGAUGACUCCAACGCCACCAAUUCCAACCUGGUAAGUCCACCAUCCCACGUCUGUGCCUCUCUUCCUUGGUGGAGGACAGGCUCGGAUCACAUGGGUUCAAGCUGGAAUGUGGGAGAGCAGUGAGACAUGCCUGAGGCGUGCGUGUGGCGUGUAUAGCAGCGCUGCCGCACGCGGACUCAUGGCUGUUCUGCUCUUCAUUCGAACCAGCACCCGUCUUAUCACGGCCUGUUUUAGAAAGGAUAUUCCAACUAGGCGGUAGUGAGCUCUGUGUGUGUGUGUGUGCAUGUGCACGUGUGUGUGGCGGGUCCUGUUCGUGCUACCACAUGUGGCAUGCAUUAAAGGGCAGGUGUUUGUGGAGCUGACUUUCACUCUCCGGCCAUUCGUUGUAUUUAGGUGCCUCUGUCGAUUGGUAGGGCUUGGUCAGGUGGUCUGCAGUAUGGUUGCUUGAUAAAUAAUUUCUAGGAAGCUUUUAGGAAAGUUUGCUUUUGCAGCCAAGAUAUAUUAUUUAGUUAAAAAGGUUUUAUUUUCUUGGGAAAGGCAGCUUUCCAUUUGGACUGCUGAGAGGCCGGUGUUGGCAGUUUGGGGUUAGAAUUUGUCCAUGGAAAAAGCAUGGGGAGUGUUUACUUUUGGCUGAGUGUGAAGUCAUUACAGAGGCCUUUGCUCCAUCUGGGCAUGGGAGGAAAUGAGCUCUGGAAUGCGGUUGGCAAAACUGGGGCACACGGGAAUGCCUCUGCAACGGGCAUGCAGAAAAUCCUGUCUCUCCCCCGGCAGAGACGCCCUCACUUCUUUGUUCCCAUCUUCCCACGUCGCCAGCACCUUCCCUUAAUUGGCAAGAUUGGACUGUCCGAUGAGAUCGUUUCUAACAGAAGCUGUGGGGUUACAAGGUUCUCCUUUCCAUUGUUGCUGGCUGCUGAUGACAUCAUGUGUGUAAUUCUUUUGCUUUUUAACCUUUGAUAUUUUCUUUGGCCCUUCAGCAAAUAAAUCUGAUGCACGCUUUAAA